UGGACUCACAAGGCGCUUUGACCAAGGCCAACUCAAAAGGGAGGGGCAGAAAUGGAGAUGGGAGCAUCGGGAGGAUGCAAUGUGUCAGUGAGAGAUGCCCCUCUUUGCCUUUUCUAUUGAAGCCUGAUCCAUGCCACUGCUUUGGUACUCUGAAGCAGUGAGGGUCAGUCACAUUGUGCUCUACAAAGCUGCUCAUACUCACAUGGUGAACUCUUGAAUACUCGAGUAAUGCUGUGGAUUUAAGAGACUCUUUCUUGGAUGACUGGAAGAUAUUACAACACAGAGGAACUCAAUUCUCUUUGGAAAAGACUCAUCAUAUGCCGCAGGAACAGAAAGAACAAAGAGCAGGACUAGAGAGGCAGACUGGACGGCCACGGUGAGACAUUGGCACUUGUGGACUAGUGAUGGACAGCUGGACUCUUCAAGGGGACAGCUACUCCUUCCUACGCAGUGCACCCCGCACCCCAUAUUCCUUGUGCCAUCGGGACGGCACCCCUAACCACGUUGAAAUAUUUGACAUCAUCAGCUCUCCGAGCCAACGUGGGGCCAUCUCUGAGACCACUUGUCUAUGUGACAUAUUCGGGGAUGAUUGUGAGUCACCCUCUCUGUCCAGCAGCCCCGCCAUUGAGGCAUUUGUCCAUUUGUCCACAACAGCCGCAUCACCACCAGUGGAUGAUUUGAACGAUUCCUCGGGUUCGUACCACACUGCACCAUGCUCCAGUGAAGGAGAAGAGGGGCUUGACGACCAAGUAGAAAGGAUUCACAGCCCUCCACCGCAGGGUGAAUCCUGUGAGCCCGACAUAGAGAGCUCUGAACUUUCUAAAGAUAGUAGCUCCAGUUUUGAGUUGAAAAGUAAAUCACCCGCGCCUCAAAUUAGUGCUGAAGUUGACAGCACUGUUUUUAGGAAGAGGACACCCUCCCCUGGACGAAACAGCCCCUGUCAUCUAAUCUCAGCAGCUUCAUCUUUGUCUUCUCCCAGUGCUGAGACGAGAUGUUCACUCUCAGUACUUCAUCCAGGACAAAGUAAAGUCACUCAAGGAAAUAACAGCCCCUCACAUCAAUCAUUAACUCCGAGUACUUCCCCUGCAUCUAUGAACUGUAACAUUGCAUCCUCUCCUGAAUCAGUGAACCUCCAGUCUGAGCUUAAUGAAGCAGGACCCACUGAUGUUUCUUCUCAAGCUUCAAAUGUAGACUCUGCAUCCAACCUUCUUUCUCAUUUUCCUUCAUCUGGCUAUAGAAAACACCAGUCUGGACUUUCUGUUCUCCCUCCUGAGCUGAAUAAUAGGCCUUCCUCACCGGAUACUCCAUCAUCAUCUCCCUUCCCUGAGCUGAGAGGAAGGGUGUCCCUUCCUGAUCUCAUGAGCAGAGGCUCCACGCCUGAUAUACAAGUACAAAACUCUAUCCAAAACUCUGAGUUGGUUGGAGAUCUCCCCAAAGAAAGUACGACUACUCCUGAAAACCUAAACGGAGGUCUGGAAGCUGACAUUAGCAGUGCCACGUCAACGCCUGUCCCUCGGUACACGCCCCCUGCUCCUGUUAUUUCAUUCAUCCAAUCUCAUGAGAAGAGUGGUGUUUUUCCUGAAUUAAAGCACACCUCUCCAUCACCUGACCUGCUGAUUGCUCCAUCUAUGAAUAAGAGUGGACCAAGAAAUCCCUCGCCUGGACUCUCCAGGCCUAAUUCUACAUCUUCUGAAAUCAUCACCCAGGCCUGUUCACCUGUGGCCAGCUAUAGUUUAUCUCCAUCCCCUGGAGUUAGGAGCACAUGUUCUUCCAUUGAAAGUACACACACGGCUCCUUCACCCGAAAUCCGCAUCACAGCAUCCUCACCUGAGGUCAAAAGGAAAGAAUAUAUCUCUGGAGAUCACACAACACCAAACUCUCCUCUUUUAGAGUCAUCAAGGAGUACCGCCUCGUCCCCUCACAUCACAAGGAUUCCUUAUUCUGUUGUUCAACCUGAGGACGGGGACACUUCCAUGCUCCCUGAGCUGUGUCGUCUUCCCACACCUGAGUCUGAUAGGAUUCGAGCAUCUGCCUCAAACAGAGUGAGUACACCAUGCGAAUCAUCUCCUGUAUCAGGCUUCAUAUGUGCUGAAAUAAUUCAGUCCAGGUCUCAAACAUCUUCACCUCAGUCAACACGACACACUCCCUCACCUGAGCUGAGACAUCAAAGCCAAAAUUCUUCACCUGAGCACAGAAGUAGAGAUCCAUCACCUGCUACACCCUCUCCAGUGCACAGAUAUAAUCAGUGUUCACCAUCAACCCUCUCAGCCGAGUAUAAUACCCACUGUUUACUGCCUACUCCGCCCUUGGAUACACAUGAGCAAGUUAUCGCCUCCUCACCUGAUAUUGCAGAAACACAGGACGGCACUGAGUUGGAAACAGAGAGUGUACAGCCUGCAUCAGAAUCGGACAAGGUAGAAAAAUCAUUUCUAACUAACAGCAGUUCACCUGUUGUGCAAUUCCGGUCACUAGUGUCUAAUUCACCUUUCUUGGCGAAGGAAAAGUUUGACAAAUCAUUGAUUCACCAACAUCCAAAGGAUAGACUUACAAUAAAAGAAUCCUCAUAUGAGGAAAAUCAAGACCCUCUCCCGAUGAGCCAUUUUAAUAGCCCUACUAUCGAAAACAACUCUUUUCCAGCUCAUUUUCUGUUCAGUGGCGCAGCCAACAAAUCUUUACUGAGAGAAGAAAAACGACUGAAUCAACAUACACAUCAUUUAUUGAAGUCUGACAACAAGAAGUCACACUGUGCAUUUGAUCAUUCAAGGCAAAAACUUGGAGACAGAGCAAGGUUUGCACAAGAUAUGGCGCACCAUGUAAACAGGAGGAAAACUCCCUCUCCGCCACUAACCAGAUUUACGCCUGUACACAUUAUAGCCCCAGAGAAACCACGCAGACACUGGCAGAGUAGAGGCCACCCUGACUCUGUAGCAUCUUCACACAGUGGUUAUUUAAAGAAGGCUGUGACAAAUAGGGAAAGCCCCAAUGAUAAUAAUAGUCAGCCCCACAGCGUCACACUGGGGAAGCAAUUGGAGAUGGAGAGGAAAAUGCAGCUGGAAGAGGAGAGAGAAAGGCAAUCGAGGAGGACCAAGAGAGAAAAGGGAGGGAGGGAGGAGUGGGAGGAGUGGCAAAGGGAUGCCAGUUACAGAGGGGAACAGGUUGAGCUGUCAUUCAAUGCCAAAAAUAGAAAAGGGCCUGCGAGUCGCAGUACAGCCCCCACAAGCAGAGAGAGUCGUCAGGGAAUGCCAAUCGUGCAUUCCUAUUCAGAGAGCUUGCCUACCACCAGACCGCCACAGGAACAGCAAAGUCUGCUCAAACUUGCCUCCCAACAAGACAAGAGUGGAGGUCCGACCAGGCGACUUCAGCCGCCCUCACCGCAGAACAAGAUUAGUGCUCGAUCAGUCACAAACAAGCCCGGCAGGAGUUCGAGCUCCAGUAUGGGAAGUGAGUUGGAUGAGGCAGAUAAUGAGGUGAAGUGGCUCACAGACGUGGCUUUUCGUAGCCUGUCCAGCCCAGAGGUAGAUUAUCUCGACAUGUACAACUCCAGCCACCGAUCAUCUACCAACAUCUCCCAGCCAUCUACUCAAGAGAGCCCAGCUGGGGUCAGUAGUGCCUGGCCGACCUAUGCUGACUUUAGGGGUUCUGCUUCAAAGCUGGAUAAUGACGAGUUCUUGUUCCAGCAACAACUUCUAUACCAUUCAGACGAAAUGGAUCCAUCACGCUGCAAUGAGAUGGGAAGCUUUGAGUGCAUAGAUGUGGCUGUGGAAAGAGAAGACUCUAGGAAGGUGAGAAGAGGAGUACCAAAGAGACAGAUCCAGUUGAAGAGAAAGGAAAGUAAGGAUGACAGCAGUGAAAAUAACAGUCCUGGAAUUGCUGUGAUGGAGAACAGCACUUCACUUGAAAGGCAUUCCAGAGAGGCAUUCCUGAGACAAUACAGUACACCAGCAGAAGUCCAAGAAUGUUACACUCCUGAGCUCUGCACUGAUCCUGAGUACAAUGAAAGAAAAAACAAACUGCAGAAAUCUGUUUCUCUGGAUGAAACAUCCUCUAAGACCAAGAUGGCCACUUGUCUUAUAAAAAACGUUCUGUCCAAGAAGAUGCAAGGUGUUGAUAAGCAACCCGAUGAGCCUGAUGGAGAGGAGGUGAGACCAACCUUUGGAGAAAACAACGCCACUGAGGACAACCUUGAGUGCCUUCUAUAUUCAAACCCAUCAAAAGGUCCUGCUGUGAAAGCAGAACAAAGCCAAAGAGAUGACGUCAGGCCAGCAAACAGCUAUGGAGACAAAUCCAACAGGCCAAGUUCAAACAGCAGCAACAGAAUUGCUAACCUUUCACACACUGACAACCAACAGUCUGAUUCUCAAGAUGGGAAUACAACUGCACUACCAUCUGAAAUUAGAUCCCAGCUAAGAGUGCCAUUGGAUAUCUGUCAGUCAAAAGGUGGAGUACAACCUAUAGAUGACAGAAAAACACGGCAGGAGAGAGAGGGAGGUGACUCAGCAAAUGUCACUGCCGGGAACACAGGAGAUACUUCUGCUACCAAAGCCUUCAGCGCGCACACAAGGAUGGCAAGCCAACAACAGGAAUGUGAAAACACAGAAGUCCAUAAACAACAGCAACAGGGUGAUAAGAGCAGCCAUACGCCACUGGAAACACAGGAGACUAAACUGAAAGGUGGUGAGAAAAAGAAAGCGUCUCUCAAUGUCUGCCUUACACCUGAGGCAGAAAAAAAUCCAGAAACAUCUCCAGCAGAUUUCAGACAACAGGAUGAAAAAGUCCAAGAGACUAAUGUAGAUGUCAAAAUGGAGGACAAUGAGAGGAAUGGGGAAAAUAAAAUAAAAGGCCCCAUCCACAAAGUCAGAGAUGUUAGAAGACUUGUUAAGAACACAUAUAAUCUGUCAUUCAAGGCAACCAGUUCUGUGUCACCCUCAGAUAUUAAUGAAGAAAAUGAUGUGAAUUCGAAUGACAAAAACGAGGAUGGAAUAAAAGAGGAUGUGAGAAAAAAGGUGCAAGGAAAGACCGACGAGAUGCGAGGGGAAAGGACAAAUAAGUGCAUGGUGGAGAAGAGAGAGGAACAAAAGGUGGAGGUGAACAAUGAAAAUCUACCUCUGCAGAGCGAAGGGAAGCCUUCAUCUCAGUUACACCCGAUGCAAAUACAAUGCAAGGCAGUUUGCUGGAGGGAUGACAAGAACAAAAGCCAUAAAGACUUAGAUGACAAAACACAGGCUUCUUCAAAUAGAGAGCAAAACUGCACUGCAGGCAUACAACAAGGGACACAAGAACAACCAGUUAAGGGAGCAACUACCAAGUCUUCAAGUCAGACUUCUGAUAUGGAGGCAGAAACAUUGAAGGAGACAAACGAUGAGGCAGUGAUGAGAUCAGACAGAAAACCUCCCAUGCUAGGAAGUCUCCCCAAAUUGCCCAGCAAGGAAAGAGAAGUGUCCACUGCUGUUGUGUUGAUUAGGGAUGGAUCCAGCCAGGCAAAGACAAGUGCACCACUAAUCCAGGAAAAGGUGCACACCUGUCCCCAGGUCGUAGCUUCCUCACCUUCACCUGACAUCACAACCAGUGGUAGCGCCCCAAGCAACAGUAGUCAUUCAGUGUCCAUGUUAUUAAAGGAGAAAGGCUACCAAGCUGACAUUGGAGCAGUGGUGGGUGACAACCAGAAUUCUACUGGAGGAAAAGGGGUCCCACGUAAGCAUGUGAAUUGCUUGGAGAUCCCACUUCAGACACCUUCAGAUGGUCGAAAUGAACCCCGUAGAGAGAAGACAUUUUCUUCUUCAUCCACCAUGUCCAGCCCAUCAUUGUCGUGCGUCCAUGCAAAUAAACCACCCAAGACUAGAGAGGACGAGAUGGGUCUUAUCAAGCAAAAAGACAGCAUCCCACAAGGAUCCUCACAGGACCAGCUUCCAACUCUAAACAAACAAAAGGAACAUGGAGAUUUUGAAGGAGUGAAAAGACAGGAUGCUACUUUCCCCCCGAGGUCCCCUGCCAUACGACGAUUCAGACCUCAGCCCAUUGAGGUGAAGUCCCUUUCAAAAGAGACAACCACAAAACGAGAGAUGACCACCAACAGCCCUAAAAGCAACAGGCUACAAACCAUAGAGGUUAAAUCUAUUGCGAAAAAUUCUGACAAGCCUGUCGUACCCCCAAAACCGACCUGCAAAUUUAAACCUCCAGAUUUUGGAGCCAAGACCAGUGAGGCACCAUCCAACUUAAAACCUCAAAGUGAGGAGCGAUCUCAAACAAUUGUAGUGUCAUCUCCUACAAUCUACAGAAAGAUACCCACUGAGGCCACCUCAACGUCUAACCAAACAAGAAAACUUGCUGUGUCUGCCGUAUCCAGCCUCAAACCCCCGUCAAGCAAAAUAACAACAACCAGCAUCUCAAGCCUCGCAAACCAGUCAGCAACAGAGGCUUCUAAAGACAGAGGUCAGCAGCAGCACCCACGGGCGUCACCUGUGAGAUUGGCGCACGCUACAUCUGCUUCAUCAGCUGCACCAAGUAUCACCUCAACUGAGGGUGAUCUGAUUGCAAACCAGGUCCCUGAAGUUUUACAUGCGAGCCAGACAGCUGCUGUGGAAACAGACACACAUGAAGCAGCCACGUCGACAACUUCAAGCCAUCCCAAACCUCCUGCUGCUGUCUCCGCAACAGGAUACACACAGCAACAAUACCGCAGGUCAUUGUCCAGCGAGUGCACCCAAAGGUCCACUGACCAUUUCAAUAGCUCUGAUGACCCUCCAAGCUAUGAUGAAAGAGAGAGCUUUAGUCCCCUCAUGCCAGAUUUAACACCGAGGAGGUCAAAUCGCUAUCAGAACAUCUCCCACCCUCCUCCUUGUUCCUGUACAGUAGGCUUCCCUCCUCCUCAGCCUGUUCUCCCACCUCCUCCGCCUCCACCUCAUCAUCAUCACCAUCAUUACCACAACCUCACCCCACCAGCCCCUCCACACUCCCCAGGUCAUGUCAUACCUUACCAAGUCCCCCUCCGUCACCACCAGUGCAGAGCUGAUCCUCAGCCUACAAGCUUCCAACCAAGCUCAUCACCCAAGUCAGGUCCAUUUGGUCCAAGCCAGCCGUCCACCGUUUACCAGCCUCUACACCAGCCUCCCCCGUGCCCUACCCACCCUUCACUUAUGCCGGCUGAUCGCCCCGUGCCCACUGACCCCCGGCGGCUCCCUCCACACAGAUCCCCCCAGCAGCAGCCACCAAGCAUACCUGGUGCUCCUUAUAGUGAUUCUGGGCACAGUCACUCCCCUGGCCUGGGUCCCAUGGAUCCCCAGUAUCUAUAUGGGUCCGAGUAUGGGGGUGACAGCUCCAGUUUGUACUCAGAGAGCAACUAUGGACAGACACCUCGCAGAGUCCUCCUGGAUCCUGAAACAGGGAAGUAUUUUUACAUAGAGGUGCCGAUGCAGCCUUUGAGGAAGAUGUUGUUUGACCCAGAGACCGGCCAGUAUGUGGAAGUUCUCAUCCCCCAGCAAGCCAUGUCUCACUCAGGCUUAUAUCCUCCAUCAGCAGCCCCAUACUCAUCCCUCCCCAAUCCCAAUAUGUACGGCUCUGCUCCACAAUACAUGCCCUACGCAGCUCCCCCUCCGCCUGCUCACCCCCAGUCUCAGCACCAGCCACCCCGAUAUCCUGAGGCAUCUGCUACGGCAGCAGUGCACCCAAAUGGACCCAGUAGCAGCUUCAGGAACUGUUCUGCUCAGGGGUCAAAGGCAGAACCCCAAAACCAUCCACCGUUGGACCAGAGCUACCUGGAUGGUAUGUAUUAUGUUCCCACAGGAAUGAACACAAGCUCCAAUGCCACCCCUCCUGUCUACUACCAUAAACAUCCCGCCAGCCUUCCCCCAUCAGGGGGGAAAAGGUCCUGAAAUAGAGGCUCCGUCUUCCUGGAGCCUGUGGAGUUUUAAAUACACACUGUAUAAAGAGGGUGCCUAAUGUUAGCUUGUAAUGUUAUUUGAGUUUUCAUGCUGCAAUUGAAGAUGGUUGUUGUUUAUUUGCUGAUACUACUUGUUGUCUGCCCAACUGCUAUAAGAAUACAAUAACAACACAAUUAUUGGGAUAAAGCCUUAAAAACACAUGACUUUCUAUGUUAUACGUACCUGAACAUGAAUAUUUUAUAACUUUUGAUACAAGACUGUACACUCGCAGGUCAUGCAGAAACACUAAAGAGCAGGCUGCAAUUGUGUGUACUUUAACAACAAAAUGUCCCCAAAAAACUUGAAACUAGCAUUGUAAAAG